AUGGAAAUUAGAGAAGAGAAUGUCGUUCAAGUAGUGACAGAUAAUGCUUCAGCCCUUGUAUCUGCUGGACAAAAGUUGAUGGAUAAAAGAAAGCAACUCUUUUGGUCACCCUGUGCAGCCCACUGUCUUGAUUUGAUUUUGGAAGAUAUUGGUGGCAUUAUAGUGUUCUAUAAUACCAUUUGGAAAGCAAAAAAAAUUACAACUUUCAUUUAUAGGCACACAUGGGUGUUGAAUUUGUAUAGAACCUUUUCCAAAGGUAGAGAGUUAGCUAGGCCUGCAAUAACAAGGUUUGCUACAUCAUAUUUGACAAUGCAGUCAAUUUUGAAACAAAAGACUGCACUUCGAUCUAUGUUUACAUCUGAAAAAUGGGUUAAUAGUGCUUAUUGCUCUAGGCCGGAAGCCAAAUUUGCAGAAAAUGUUGUUUUGGCUGAUAAAAGGUUUUGGAAAUCAAUACAUUAUUGCUUGAAAAUUGUGUCUCCUCUUGUGAAAGUUCUUAGACUUGUGGAUGGUGAUUCAAAACCUGCAAUGAGAUACAUUUAUGAGGCUAUGGAUAGAGCAAAGGAAGAAAUAGCAAAGAGUUUUAAUCAUGAGGAAAAGAGAUAUAAGGAUGUAUGGGAAAUCAUUGACAAGCGUUGGGAUUUACAACUUCAUAGGCCUCUUCAUGUAGCCGCCUAUUUUCUUAAUCCAAAGUUCCACUAUGACACAAAGUUCAACCCAGAUCGUGAGGUUAAAACUGGCUUGUGGAAGACAUUGGAGAAGAUGUGUCCUGAUAUUGAAACAAGGAUCACAAUUGAUUCCCAAAUUGAGAAAUUUGACAGGGCUGAAGGACUCUUUGGAAAUAGUUUAGCAAUUGCAACUAGAGCUAGGAAGCAACCUGCUUUAUGGUGGAAUAGUUUUGGAGACGACUGCAAAGAGCUGCAAACAAUAGCUAUUCGUAUCCUAAGCCUCACUUGCAGUGCUACAGGGUGCGAGAGAAAUUGGAGUGUGUUUGAUCAAAUUCACUCUAAGAGAAGAAACCGUUUAGAGCAACAAAGGUUGAAUGCUCUUGUGGAGGAAAAAGGAGACACAUAUGAUCCUAUCUGCUUAUCAGAUUUAGAUUCUGACGAGGAAUGGAUUACUGAGCAAGAGGAGCCUUGCCUAAUGGAUGAGGAAUCUUGGAUGGAUGUUCAUGAGUGCUUCAACGUUGAUGAAGGAGACCAAAGCAAAAAGAGAAAGAGAGGUCCUCGAAAUCUUCAAGAUGAUAGGAAUGAUAAAAGCAAAGGCAUCUUAAUACAAGAGGAUGUCAACAGGAAUGAUAACAGAAAAGGAUAUCAAAUUAUUGAACAAGAUAUGGGAGAUGAGUCAGAUGACUCUACUAAUGGAGAGGAUGAAGGACUAGAUAUGCCAAUACUAGAUCUUGAUAGUGAUAGUAGUGAUAAUAAUUAG